GAAGCAUAUUUUUUGAAGGAGGGAUUUCAAAAAUGCCCUUAUGAGCAUACACUCUUUACAAAAACAGAAGGUGGGAAAAUGCUCAUUGUUUGCUUGUAUGUGGAUGACUUGAUCUAUACUGGAAAUGACAAGGCUAUGUUUGAUAAAUUUAAGAAGUCUAUGAUGGCUAAAUUUGACAUGUCUGAUCUUGGUUUGAUGAAGUAUUAUAUUGGCAUAAAAGUUGAUCAAUCUGCUGCUGGUAUCUUUAUUUCUCAGAAAAAGUAUGUUCAAGACAUUUUGGACAGGUUUAGAAUGAAGGACUGCAAUCCUAUCAGCACACCAAUUGAUGCAGGAAUGAAGCUUGUUAAAAAUCCUAAAGGGAAGAAAGUCAACAGCACUUUGAAUUUGUUGGGUACAUGCAGUUGAGUUUCUUAUUUUUAGCAGUGCAUAUCUUAUUUGUAGUUUAGUGGCUUUAGUGGCUUUAGUGGCUUAGUGGUGCUAUUUUAUCGUUAAUUUCAGUUGCACAGUUCUAAUUAUUUGUAUGUGUCUUUUAUCUGUUGAAUGUGAAAAUUCGGAAGUAUUUUUUUCUUCUUCCAAAUUGGCUUGAGUUUACUGUCUUUCAAUUUCUUUCACUUGCUAAAAUUGUUUAUGCACAGCAGGGGUUUGAUUUAAUUCC